ACCACUGCUGUUCACCUGCCUGUCUAUCUGUCCACGAUGAAGCUGAUCCUGACUCUCUCUCUCAUCUGCACUCUCUUCUGCUCAGUUGAGAUGCUGCAGUGUUUCAACUGCAGUGGUGCGGACUGUGGUACAAACCAACCUUUAGUCACCUGUCCAGACUCAUUAAACACAACAUGUCUCACUGCUACUGUAACCAUACCAGGUCCCAUAAAUACCCCCCUGACAAUCAAGGCGUGUUCACCAAUCUCCAUCUGCGGAGGUCCUCUGAACUCUGAAACCACAGUGUCAGUGAACCUGGGCUUCAUAACCUCUGCCUAUAAAAUGCUCUGUUGUAACACUGAUGGGUGCAACAAAAACACUCUAUCAGCCCCCAGUUCGCAGGCUAACGGACGACAGUGUCCCUCCUGCAGCAGCCCCCAAGACACAGUGUGUAACAGUACUGUGGCCUGCCUGGGAGUGGAGGACAAGUGUUUUAGUACCAUGAAACCUGGCUCUAUCAGUUCUACUACGGUGAACCUCCAGGGCUGUACAACUUCCAACGUCUGCAACGCUAUUGAUCAACUGCGGCCUUUAGCAACCAUUGCCAACUUCAGCACUGAGAAUGUCACCUGUAAAACAGCCCCUAACACAGCCUGGUCCAUCAGACUGAGCCUAGUCCCUCUGCUGCUGGGCCUCACCAUCAGCAAACUCAUCUGAUAGGAACAGAGAUGAUAUCGGGACUCAUCUGACAACAUAAUCCAUUGAUUACAAAACAACAGGAUGUACAAUGAUUUUCAUGUAUUGUGAAAGACGUACUUCAAGUGAAAUUAUGCUAUAUGGAAUUUGCCAGAUGAUGCCCUGUUACAUUAUAUAGUGUUCUUGUUUGAUGGAAUACUUUCCUAUAUACUGUAUUACUCUGUACACUGAGUAUACAAAACAUUAAGAACACCUUCUCUUUACAUGAUAUACACUGACCAGGUGAAUCCAGGUGAAACUAUAAUCCCUUAAUGAUGUAAUUAGUUAAAUCCACUUCAAUCAGUGUAGAUUAAGGGGAGAAGACUGGUAAAAUAAUGAUUUUUAAGCCUUGAGACA